GGUCCAGAUAAAAUGGCAUUUUGGAAGAUUCUCACGGUGAUGUGUAUGGCGGCAGUCUUCGUCGAGUCAAAAUGGCACAAACAGAAGAGAGAAGCAAAUUCUACGAUCUGUGACCCAGUUUCAAACAACACAAACAAAAUUCAGUGCUUCUGCGGAAGACUGAACCGGCAACCACUCCAAAUAGCGAACGCUGAUUGUUACCAGACCGCAAAAUAUGUCAGCCGAGAUGAUUCCAGUUGGGAUGGUUUUAAAAUUUUACAUAACACUAGUAAGCUCACUCUCACAAACACUAGAGGAGUUGCCAUAAGCUACAUACCAACAAACGCCCUCAAAUACACCAAAGCUCUAAUCAGGCUAGACGUAAAAUACUGUAAUAUAGACAAAAUAGAAGCAUUCGCUUUUGCUAAUCUAAGUUUAGUCAAAGAAAUCACUCUCAGAGAUAACCAAAUUAAAGUUGUAGAAAGAAAUGCCUUUUCGCAUCAUCCAAGCUUAAAAUCAAUCAGUUUAGAUCAAAAUAACAUUGCUGAGAUCAACAGAGAUGUAUUCGUGGAUCUACCUGCACUGGAAAAAUUAUAUUUAACGGGAAACAAAAUAACCACUAUCCACGAUAAAGCUUUCAUUCAUUUGGAAAAUUUGAGAGAGUUGGAACUUGAUAAGAAUAGCAUUUUUAGCUUGAACAGCGAGACAUUUUCGGGGCUCAAAAAACUGGAGAAACUAGAAUUGAGUUCGAACAGUAUUGAAGUAAUCGGAGACAAUACAUUUUUGCCGUUGGCCAAUCUACGGUUUUUGAAUUUGGGAGAAAAUAAAAUUCAAAUGCUCGAUGAGAAAGCAUUCAAUGGACUUAUGAAGUUACAAUUCCUAUCUCUUCCCGGUAACAAGAUUUCAGCUAUCGAAAAUGAGAAGGUUUUUGAACCACUCAUAAGUCUGACAUCAAUGAGCCUAAAAGACAACCCGAUCCGAGUUAUAAAGCCAGAGGCUAUAAGUGGAAUUUUGCCUAACUUCUACAAUAAGGGUACGCAGUUUAUUUUGGAAGGUAACCAGUUGCCAUGCGAUUGCCACCUGGACGUGUUCCGUCCACUCAUCAACAACACUCAAAACGAACGCUUGAAGUUGGAAAUACAAAAUUUCCAAUGCCACCCAUCUGAAGAAAUCAAGCAGAAAUGGGACAAGUUCCAGGAGAUUGAGAAGACCAGUGGAUCAGUUUUCGAAGACGAGGAGCCUCAAGACAGCGGAGCAUACGAGUACUACGAUGAAACCGAACUCAAUGGAACCAUAUUUUACUUUGACAUGAGACAUUUGCUCAACUGUUCUGGCGAAGAAGUACCUUUAGAGCCAGCUAACAUCACUACAACUAACAAGUCAGUACAAAAGAGCAAAACCACUACGCAAUCCUCUACUAAAGCGACCAAAGCAACAUCUAGUCCUGUGACUGUUAAGUUGACUUCUCCUAAAGCCAGUCACAAAAGCACAGUGGACAAUAAAGGAACGUUGGACCUGUCGACAGCCGAGAGUACAACAACAGAAUCUACAUCAGUUACAAAUGAGAAAACACUCGAUUUCGUCAGUCAAACAUCCGCUCAUGAUCCAAUUUCAAUAGGGACAACUGAAAGGGAGAAAAAGGAACAUUCGUACACAACCAGUCGACUAGCCACUGUUUCAGCUAAGCCCGUAGAUAAAGAAAGAUUUGAUGACCAUGAUAUGGCAUCUGAUGAAGCAAAGCCUGAUAGAUUGAAGGCCCACAGGAGUAUCCAAGAAGAAGUUAAAGACUCACCAAAAAAUAUUAACAAUGCACAUAGAAAUUUAAACUGUGUUCAUCUUCUACUAUCUUUAUCAAUAAUUUAUUUUGUAGUAUUAUAAUCUGAUAGACUAAAAUUUAAUUUUAAUGCCUAUUAUAAAAUACUCUUUCACAGUCAUUAAUAUAAUAAAUAGUUUAAGAACACACGUGAUGUUAAUUUAUUUUCCUUA